AUGAAAACCUAUCGAGACGCUGGAGAUGGCACUCAGUUUUCCGCCCUUGCGCCUAAUGAUCAUCAGCAUAGCAAGACAAAUAGUAUACAGGAUGAAGUGUGUGCAGAACUCCUGAUCGAUAGAAAAAUCAGGAACUGUAUCUGCAUCUCGGAUAGCAGAGCAGCCAUAAAUGCACUUGCAAAGACCUCUACAGAAUCGUCUGUAGUUUGGGACUGCAUGCAAGCCCUUGACAAACUAGGAGAAACAAGUGAAAUCACCUUAGUAUGGGUCCCUCGUCACCAGGGAAUACCGGGCAACGAGAGGGCGGAUGGGCUAGCAAAGCCGGAGACAGAAAUAGACUCGGCUGAACAGACCGUCGGAGUUUCCUUCGUGCUAGGUAAAAGAAAGAUCAAAGAAAUGCUGGAGCUGGAGCAUUUAAACUCCUGGAAAAAAAUAAAGGGCUGCUGA